AUGCCCGCACAUAUUGAUUUUGCCAGCGUUGGGGCAGGUCAGAAUUUGUUUUUCGUUGAUACAGAAGACCCCAUUUAUUUGAUAUUCCACAGCGUGUGUGGUGACUUUGACUAUCAACCAUCGGUGUAUCAUCCAUCCAGAAUUUUGGACGAACAUUUUGGAGUUGGAUUGGACCACGAAGACAGCUUGCAGCCUUUGAAUUUGAAUAAUCGCUUGGUAACGAGAACCCCAGCCGGUUAUUUGAAAAACUGGCGUUCUGAACUUGCUAACCAAGACAGUCAAGACACUCUGUACAAGAAAAAAAAGAAACCUAGUCUUAAUUGGAGAGGAGAAAAUAUGGAAGAUCAAGCAAUAAAGAUAAAAAUUAAGCCAAAAAAGAAAAAGGAAGAAACAUGUUUAGAGUCUGAUUCAGAAGAAGACAAAAUACUCAGUUCACGAGACUUAUUUAAAUUUUCAAUGCCAGAAAAUCCCGAAUGUAGUGAUGUUGACAUUAAAGAUAUAUUCUUGUUAUCAAAACCCAUUAUACGGUGGUACGUAUCAAUCGAAAAGACUAAUGAUAUUGAAAAUAAUGAACUUGAAGAGCAUGGCGAACACCUUGAGAAUGGAAAUUUAGAAAAUGCAAACAUAGUAUCAAACGAAAAUACCGAUUUAGGGGAUAAAGUACCUGAAGAAAAUUACGCACACUUUGAAAAUAGGAACUUAGAUGAUAUACCUCAAGUAUCACACGAAAAGACUGACAAUGAUAAAACUGAAGAGCAUGAUACAAACGUUGACACUGGAGACCUAAAUAAUAUAUCAGGAGUAUUGAAAGAAAAGACUAACGCAGAAAAUGAUGAAGCUAAGGGACAUGAUAUUAGCUUUAAUAAUGAAAAUCUUGAUAGAUACCUAGAUAAAGAGAUAAUAAUCAACAAUAUGUCGAAUUCUGAAGAUGAACAUGUGGAUAAAGAAGAAACAACUAAUGAGAAUAAAAAGGCUAAUAAUAUAAAAGAUAAAAACGGAAAUGAAUUGAUGAAUGAAAUUGACUUGAACCUCGUUGAAACAGCUCAAAAAGAAGUAAAUUCAACAUCCGAUGAUAUCCUUAAACCCACUAUAGUGCAGGAAAUAUCACCAUCCGAAACGUUUAGGAAACACCUAAGAUAUCCACAUGCUAUAAAUAAGAGUAGUACCAAUAAAAAACUUCAAAAGAUGCCUAGUGCAAUAUCAUCGGCUAAAUGGAGAGAGUACUAUAAAAAGGCGGAAGAAAUUAAAAAUAAAAAAACAGAAGAAGUCGAGAAGAGAAAAGAACUAAGAAAAAAAGCCAAAGAAAAUAAAGAGAAUAAGAAAAAACUCAAAACAAAGACAACUGCUAGAAAAAAGCCCUCUAAACUAAUGCAAAAGCCUUUGUUACCUUAA